AGGCGCGCAGUCAGAAAACACGAGACUCGAGCUGAGGGACGCUGUGCGGGUCUGAGGUGCAGAUCUGUGGAAGGAUGGAGCCACUGAAGGUGGAAAAGUUCAAGACCGCCGACCGGGGAAAUGGGCUGCGUGCUGUGGUCCCACUGCGCCCCGGGGAGCUGCUCUUCCGCUCUGACCCUUUGGCGUACACUGUGUGCAAGGGGAGUCGUGGCGUAGUCUGUGAUCGCUGUCUCCUGGGGAAGGAAAAGCUGAUGCGGUGUUCUCAAUGCCGAAUCGCCAAAUACUGCAGUCCCAAGUGUCAGAAAAAAGCUUGGCCUGACCACAAGAGAGAAUGCAAAUGUCUUAAAAGCUGUAAACCCAGGUAUCCUCCCGACUCCGUGAGACUUCUGGGCAGAGCCAUUGUCAAACUUAUGGAUGAAAAACCCUCGGAGUCAGAGAAACUUUACUCGUUUUAUGAUCUGGAGUCCAAUAUUGACAAACUUACCGAAGAUAAGAAAGAAGGCCUGAGGCAACUUGCAAUGACCUUUCAGCAUUUCAUGAGAGAAGAGAUACAGGAUGCUUCUCAACUGCCGCCUUCUUUUGACCUUUUUGAAGCCUUUGCAAAAUAGGUAGGAGUUACAGGA